CUUGUUGCGCAAUCGGUUCGAGCUCACAGAAUCACUGGGCCAUCAUGCUUGCGCUUCGCCGUGGUCUUCGCCUUGCGCCCAUUGCUUGCCGCUCGUUUAGCUCGCCGGCGAACCUCGAGAUCUGGCGCCGCGCCGAGGCCGUGUGCUUUGACGUCGACAGUACUGUGAUCCAGGACGAGGGCAUCGACGUGCUGGCUGCGCACUGUGGCCAGGGCGACGCCGUGUCUGCUUGGACCUCCAAGGCCAUGAACGGCGGUGUCAAGUUUGAGGACGCGCUUGCGGCGCGGCUCAACAUUAUCCAGCCCUCCAAGGCUGCGAUUGACGCGUGCUUGGCUGCCCAUCCGCCCACCAAGCACCUCACAAAGGGUAUCCAGCGGUUGAUCCAGGAGCUCCAAGCGCGCAGCGUCGACGUCUACCUCGUCUCCGGGGGGUUUCGUCUCAUGAUUGAGCCCGUGGCCGCCCACCUCGGGAUUCCGCCCAGCCGCAUUUACGCCAACACGAUUCACUUUCAUGACGAUGGCAGCUACAAGGGUUUCGAUGCGAACGAGCUCACUAGCCGCGACGGAGGCAAGCCCCGCGUCAUUGAGCUGCUCAAGCGCGAGUGCGGCUACAAGACCGUGGUGAUGGUCGGUGACGGUGCCACCGACAUGCAAGCCAAGCCUCCAGCGGAUCUCUUUGUUGGCUAUGGGGGUGUCGUUGCCCGCCAAGUGGUCCAAGAGCGCGCCGACUGGUUUCUGCGGGACUUUGAAGAACUCAUCGAAGGCCUGGCUCGCGUCGACUAGUAGUAGUGUAAACGGGACCUCGCAUCACCUAGAUAGUGUCGACGUAGUACUAAGUAGAGGAGACCACAUCGAAAGAACGCCGCUUCUUUGUUGGCUAAGCGUCAAGCAUAGAAGAUGACUCACUCGCGGCG